CUCAAAUCAGCGGGGUACAAUCACAAUUCUUCACUGGAGAUCAAAUCGGAUCUGAAAUCCUGAUGUGCAAGUGAGCAAUUUCAUAGUGUGAAGGGAGAAGAAGAUGCAGUGGUACGUGGUCGCUUCAUUCCUCACCAUUCUCACAAGCUCCCAGGGAAUAUUGACGACAUUAUCUCAGAGUAACGGGGGCUACAAGUAUGACUAUGCCACCGUACCUUUUCUUGCUGAAGUUUUUAAGCUCAUUGUGUCUAGUAUGAUGCUGUGGAGAGAAUGUCAGGCGUCAACUCCUCCUAAAAUCACGACUGACUGGAGAAGUGUUCGGCUAUAUCCAAUUCCUUCUGUGAUAUACCUCAUUCACAACAAUGUGCAGUUUGCUACAUUAACCUAUGUUGAUACCUCCACUUAUCAGAUAAUGGGAAACUUAAAGAUUGUUACGACUGGAAUACUGUUCAGUGGAUGGCUAUCGUUCUAUUGGCUAUUGGAACAACCACAAGCCAGGUCAAAGGUUGUGGAGAAACUUCUUCAAAUCCCUUCCAGAUUUGGUGCAAUGUUCAACAUGGCCAAACUUACCAUUGAUGAUUUUAGAAGUGGAUUCGAGAAUGGUCCAUGGUGGCGACGCCUUUUCAAUGGAUAUAGUGCAACAACUUGGCUGGUAGUGUUAAAUCUUGGUUCAACUGGGCUGUUAGUAUCAUGGUUGAUGAAGUAUGCAGAUAACAUCGUUAAGGUGUAUUCCACGUCGAUGGCCAUGUUAUUGACAAUGCUGGUAUCUGUGUACAUUUUCAAUUUCAAACCGACUCUUCAGCUCUUUUUGAGAAUCAUUAUCUGCAUGAUGUCGCUGCACAUGUAUUUUGCCCCUCCAACCGUGCUCGUGGACUUGCCCCUGACAGCAAAAGCAUCAACUGAAAGUGUAGAAGAAGUUUCUGUUGAUCAAAAAACAACUUCCUAGAGCGCACAUGUGAGCCUCAGUCCUCUCUUGUUAUCCCUUUUUUAAUUCCGGAAAUUGCACAGAGGAAUAUUUUCCGAUCCUCAGAACCUGGAAGAUGUAGAAACAUGGAACUAAGCCUUAAUCACCACAGGGAUACUUACAACAGUUAGGCAGUACAGGGUGAUUUCUCCGGUCGAGUGCCACCACAACUGGUGGGGGCGGCCGCAACCACUGACAACGAGAGAUGUGAGGGGUGCCUACUUUUUGUCUCCCAGGUACAACAACUAACUCCACAGCAAAUUGUUGUUGCAUUAUCAAUGGCCACCCAAGUCAUGUAGUGCUUACUUUUUUUUGAAUCCUUAUACGCCAGCAAGUAAAUAUAUAUGUCUUACAUUCAAGGGCAAUUUCAUCAAAUAAUUUGUAACAAUUCUGGCUUGUCCAUAAUUAUUGCACUUUACUAAGUAGUAGUUUACUAAGAUUUUUCAACCUUGUCAAGAAAGGGUCACUUAUUGUUGGCUA